CAGAGAAACAAGCUUAGCAAACGUUAGCAGCAACUCGGCUAACAGCCCCUCCCAGACACUUCCGGUGUCCGCCGAACACCGUUGGAGAAACGCUGAUUUUGGAAGUAAAACGUCUUUAUUCUAUGUUUUUACCGGAUUUAAUCACAAAGACAGUUUUUUCCCAGGAAGGUGAAGACUUCUGUGGAUAAUUCGGCUUCCGGUGAAAACCGCCUGAACGUCUGGAUAUUGUGUUAUCAGAGAAACAAGCUGAGCGAAACUUUAGCGGCAGCUCUGCUCGCGGCCCUUCCGAGACGUCACGUGUCCGCCGGACCGCGUUGGAGAAACGCCUAUAUUUGACGUGAAAGUGAUUUAUUCGUUAUUUUGUACCGGAUUAAACACUGGAUCGGUUGGUUUCGGAGUAGAGGAGGCCUCUGCGGGUAAUUCGGCUUCCCGGUAAAACCUCCUGAACGACCAACACUGAAGAAAUUCUGACUGGAAGGGCUGACUGCAGUUAAGGGGGUGUUGGGAGCCUGAUACCUUGCGGCUGUAAAACCAGAAUUUCCCAGUUGAGGAUCAAUAAAAAGGAAGUUUCCUUUCGUUCCUGCAGCCACUUUACAAAGUUCCUCUGCGGCGUCAGGACAGUUGUUUGUUUGGAGGACGAGCGGAGUGAAGGUGGAGAGAGAGCGGUCGGGAACGUGGCCCGUGUCCAGCGGGGUCGUCCUCACCUGGAAGUUGACGUCCGACGAACGACAUGGAGACGAGCCACUGGAAACCUAUCCGAUGACGGCAGAUCGUGAUGCGAGGUCCGGCCCGGUGCGAUGACGACAUUCAGACGAGCAGGUGACUCAAAAUGACCAGAGUGCGUUCACCGUGGUGUUGAAUCUCCAGCCGGACGACGUCUUAUAUCUCUGACUCACUGACGGUCACCGCCGGCCUCUCGCUGCCUCUGUCAGGUGCAGUCUGUCCUCCCGCUGUAAUGUCACAGAAAGCACAUGACGCUCGGCCCCUUCGUCUGAUGUCGUUUCCACCGUCUCCAUGAACCACACACGGUCUCGUGUCUCGUGUUUGUGCCGCUCCGACAUUUGUCCGAGCAGAAAAAAAUGCAGUAAAUCAAAAUUCCUCUGGAAUCCGCCAUUUCCAUUCACAUCUACAGGCCAUUUAAAUUCACUCUGGCUGGAAUUCAAAUCUGUGAAUUUACAUUGAUGUACAGUACAAAUAUUCAUGAAGUUCCUAUUUUUGAGAUAUUAAUAUUGUAUUCACCUGAAGUUAAACAACUGAAUUUGACUCCUGCUGUCGCCCAAACUCAAACUGCAGAUGAGGCCUGUUCUCCUCUGUCUUCCAUUUUGAAAUAUGUUACAGUGAUUCUGAUGCUUCUUCCCCUCACGUCGUCGCGGUUCAAAUAUUUACUUAUUUCUGCUCAGAUUAAACUAUUUUAUGGGAGGGUUGGUGCACAUGCUGCAGGCAGCGGGGCCACGUGGUCUAAUAAAAUGAAUAUGUCAUGAUGCAAUCAUCUCUUUGAGAUUCCUCACAUGCCUCACGCGUCCCCACAUUCAUCCCCUCUGGCCUCAUUGUUUCCAUUAGUGGAUGGAUGUUCAUAUCUCUGCACCCGGAUCACGUCCACAGCUCCAGUUUUUUUUUUAUGCCAAACAGGAAAUGCACACCUGCAUGUUUGUAACAGUUCCCCGCGCACAGCAGCCGAGGAGCCUUGAUCAAGGGGACAACCAUCUUUUCUAAUCCGUAUCCUCCACCCCCCCUCCUCUCCCGCCGCAGGGGGCCGAGCCCCCCUUCUCCUCUCUCCGGCCCUGCAGCCAGCCGCUCCCCUCGACACCUCCUCCGGUCUCAUCCACAACACCAGGCUGCGAGACGUCUGACGCGUUUCUCGCAUUUCCUGCACCGCAGCAGCGGCAACAGGGAGGAGGAGGAGGAGGAGGAGGACCAGAGGAGAGGAGAGAAGAGGAGGUAUGUCCACGGGAAGUUAGAGAUCAGUGUGCACGACACCAGGCCGAGCAGCAGAGCACCUACCGCCCGGACCGGACCGGCCCCUCCUCUGCGCUCCUGCCGCGUCUGGAGCCUCCCUCCCCGCGUCACGGUGCGGCGCAACGCGGGUUCGUGCCUCCUCUGCUCCCCGCGGCGGCUGACGGACUUGUUCCAACCGUGACAGACGGACACAUCUGGGGCCUGCGAGGAUCUGGACCCACGGUCGGUUCCUCUCCGCGCACUUCUGAGGGAGGAGGAGGAGGCGGCGCGUUAACGGUCGCGUCUCUGUUGUUGUUGUUGUUGUUGUUGUUGUUGCUGCUGCUGCUGCUGCUGCACUUUAUCUAUUAUUUCUUGAAGGAUUUUUUGGACAUAUUCGACAAGUGCAGAUGUUUUAGGACGUCAACUACCUGCGUCUCCACUGAGCGGGGACCGGACCAGACCGGGGCGGAGCGGGGGGCCAGCGGACCACCACCUCGGUGCCAGUUGAUCCUCUGAGGUGGAGGCGGCGGGGUUCGCGGUCAACACGCUGCGGUUCAAGUGUCACGCGUUCGGGGAGCGCGUCGCCGCCAUGGUGGUGUUCAACGGGCAGCUGAGGAUCAAGAUCUGCGAGGCGCUGAACCUGAAGCCCACCGCCUGGUCGCUGCGUCACGCCGUCGGCGCCAAGACGCAGAGCUCCUUCCUGCUGGACACGUACAUCGCGCUCAACGUGGACGACUCGCGCGUGGGCCAGACGUGCACGCGCCAGCGGACCAACAGCCCCGCGUGGCACGACGAGUUCACGGCGGAGGUGCGCGACGGCCGCCGCCUGGAGCUGUCCGUGUUCCACGACGCGCCCAUCGGCUACGACGACUUCGUGGCCAACUGCAUCAUCCAGCUGGAGGACGUCCUGCACGGCGACCGCAAGCACUUUGAGGACUGGAUUGACCUGGAGCCCGAGGGGAAGGUCUACGUCGUCAUCGACCUCCUAGGAUCUUCCAGCGAAGUUGCAGCCAACUCCACCGAGAAUGAGGAGCGUGUGUUUCGGCAGCGGAUGCGUCCCAGGAAGCGCCAGGGCGCCGUCCGUCGCCGUGUCCACCAGGUCAACGGACACAAGUUCAUGGCCACCUACCUGAGGCAGCCCACCUACUGCUCCCACUGCAGGGACUUCAUCUGGGGCGUCUUAGGGAAGCAGGGCUACCAGUGUCAAGUGUGUACCUGUGUGGUCCACAAGCGCUGCCAUGAGCUGAUCAUCACCAAGUGUGCAGGCAUGAAGAAGCAGGAGGACACAGUCGGGGAGACGGUCGGGUCGCAGAGGUUCAGCGUCAACGUGCCGCACAAGUUCAGCAUCCACAACUUCAAGGUUCUGACCUUCUGCGACCACUGCGGCUCCCUGCUGUGGGGUCUGCUCCGCCAGGGGCUCCAGUGUAAAGUUUGUAAAGUGAACGUACACAGACGCUGCGAGAGUAACGUCGCCCCGAACUGCGGCGUGGACGCCAGGGGGAUCGCCAAGGUCCUGUCCGACCUCGGAGUCACGCCGGACAAGAUCUCCAACAGCGCCCACAGACGGAAGAAGCCUCCUCAGGGUCUUGACCCCCGGCAGCAGCAGUCGUCCGGGACGCCCCAGACGGAGGACGACCGCUCAAAGUCCGCCCCCACGUCCCCGUGUGACCAGGACCCGAAGGAGCUGGAGAACGUCCGGAAGGCUCUGUCGUUCGACCACCGCGGCGAUGAGCACAAGAAGCAGCCCCUGUCCUCGCCCUCCUCCGUCGCCACGGUAACAGGGGACGGAGGAGGCGGCGGCGCUGGCGAGAAGGGAGGAGGCACCCGGGAGAACGGAGAGGUCAAGACUCACAGCGCUCCGGAGGCCAAGAGGAUGAACCUGCACGACUUUGUGUUCAUCAAGGUCCUGGGGAAAGGAAGCUUUGGGAAGGUGAUGCUGGCGGAGCUGAAGGGCGGCGACGAGGUGUUCGCCGUCAAGGUGCUGAAGAAGGACGUGAUCCUGCAGGACGACGACGUGGACUGCACACUGACCGAGAAGAGGAUCCUGGCGCUGGCCCGCAAACACCCGUACCUGACGCAGCUCUUCUGCUGCUUCCAGACCAAAGACCGGCUCUUCUUCGUGAUGGAGUACGUGAACGGAGGCGACCUGAUGUUCCAGAUUCAGCGAUCGAGGAAGUUCGACGAGGCCCGGUCCCGGUUCUACGCCGCCGAGGUCACGUCCGCCCUGAUGUUCCUGCACCGGCACGGAGUCAUUUACAGGGACUUGAAGUUGGACAACAUACUGCUGGACGCCGAGGGUCACUGUAAGCUGGCCGACUUCGGGAUGUGCAAGGAGGGAAUCCUGAACGGAGUCACCACCACCACCUUCUGCGGGACGCCCGACUACAUCGCACCUGAGAUCCUCCAGGAGCUGGACUACGGCCCGUCGGUGGACUGGUGGGCUCUGGGCGUGCUCAUGUACGAGAUGAUGGCGGGCCAGCCGCCGUUCGAGGCCGACAACGAGGACGACCUGUUCGAGUCGAUCCUCCACGACGACGUCCUCUACCCCGUGUGGCUCAGCAAGGAGGCCGUGUCCAUCCUCAGAGCGUUCAUGACCAAGAGUCCCAACAAGCGUCUGGGCUGCGUGGCGGCUCAGGGCUCGGAGGACGCCAUCAAGCUGCACACGUUCUUCCGGGAGAUCGACUGGACGCUGCUGGAGCAGAGGAAGAUCAGGCCGCCGUUCAAACCGCGCAUCAAAACCAAAAGGGACGUGAACAACUUCGACCAGGACUUCACGCGCGAGGAGCCCGUGCUGACGCCGGUGGAGGAGAACAUCAUCAAGCAGAUCAACCAGGAUGAGUUCAAAGGAUUCUCCUACUUCGGAGGCGAGACUGUGGCCUAGACGUACACACACACACACACACACACCAACGUCACACCGUCCUCUGGAUGACGCGUCCUGAACUUUUUACAGAUUCUGACGUCUGCAUAAAUUACACCAGGCCGCCCGUUGUCUCACGUUAUCUGUGCUCCGGCUGUUUGUCCGUUUCUGCCAAAGCAGCAUGUUAAUGUAACGGUUACAGCAGUUACACACACACACCUGGUGGUGGGCCGUGUGUGUUAGUGUGUGUGAGAGAGGAAGGUGGUGUGUGUUCACACGAGUGCAUGCAUGCGUAGUCUCAUACCUCGGGCUGUGACUCCCGUCCACGCCGAGCUGUUUCCUGUGUCUAUCUGUGUUUAAAGAAUGUUUUCUCUUCUUCCCGAAACUUGUAUGUGAAUGAAAACAAGUCAUUGAACUAACGAUUGUAUUUGUGUGUCAUGGAAAGAGAAGGUGGUGAAAUCACGAGGUCAUUAAAGAUUUCUUUUUUAA